AUGGUCGAGCAUCCGGCGGUGAUUACCGUCACGAGACGACCUGAAGCGGCGUCGCAUGUCAUCGCGUCAGAAGAACUGCUCGCUCAGCACGGUGUGGAGUUGCAUCAGACCGAUCGGGGUGGCGAUGUCACCUAUCACGGUCCUGGGCAGCUCGUGUGCUAUCCGAUCAUCGAUCUCAACGCGGUGAAAGUCCGGAUUCAUGAGUACAUCCGUUUGCUCGAAGCCGCGGUCAUCGGGACCUUGGCGGAGUAUGACAUUGUCGGAUCGACCGAUCCCGAUGCGACUGGGGUGUGGAUUGAUCCCAAGGACAACCCACAGCAUCACUUCGAGAGCGAUCAAUCCGCGAAGGUCUGCGCGAUCGGGGUGCGUGUUCGCAAGUGGAUCACGCUGCACGGGCUCGCGAUCAAUCUGAGCACCAAUAUGGAUCACUACAAGCUCAUUGUCCCAUGUGGUCUUGCAGGACGCCCUGUAGUCUCGAUUCAGCAGAUUUUGGGAGAUCGUGAACCGGUAGAAAUCAGCAUGACUCAAUCCAAUCCCUUUCGUACACACCUAUCCCGCUUCCUGAUCGUUUCAAGCGUUGUGCUGUUCGGCGCGAGCUUUCAAGCACCGGCUUGGUCGAGCACGCCUGAGACUGCACGCGAGAUGAGAAAGCAGCGUGCUCAGCGGAACCUCGAAGAGAACAAGAAGAAUCUGCAGCGCAAAGCACGCGAGGCUGAGCUUCCAGAGAUGGACGCACUGAUCAUCGAGGAAUACACACGCAUGAUCGAGUACAUCGGUGAUGCGCAGCGUGAGGGGAGAGCGCCGGGAACACAGGGGAUCAAGGACGCGGCGAACUAUAUCGAGAACGAACUCAAGCAGAUUGGAUUGCAGCCGGCAUUCAGUGAGACCGAGACCACUGAAGACGGCGUGGAGAUUGUCACCAAGAACGCGAGCUUUCGACAAGCGGUCCCGAUCGGGUACUCGCUCAGCGCCAAAGUUCAAUCCAUGUCGGUCAACGGCGAUGAUUUAAUCGCGGAUCACGAGUUCGCACCACUUGCGUAUUCGGGAUCGACCGAUGCGGAGGGCGAGGUGGUGUUCACGGGGUAUGCCGUGGUCUCUGGACCUGAUGGGUAUCUUGGGUUUGACUCCAACGAGAACCUCGAAGGCAAGAUCGCGAUGUGCCUCAAGUACGAGCCGAUGGAUGAGCAGGGGAACUCGCUCUGGAGAGACGACGGAUGGUCUCAUCACUCACGAUUGACCUACAAGAUCAGCGCGCUCGAACGGCGCGGAGCUGAAGCGGUGCUCAUUGUUUCGGUUGAUGAAGCAAACGACAACAACGCGGGGAUUCUCGAUUCCAUCGGAUCGACCUCACCACCAGCGGGUGUGCGGCGCGGAAAUCGCGGCGGUCCAAAGUUUGAUAUUCCUGUGCUCUCGAUCACUUCAGAAGUGGCGCAAGAGAUCCUCGAUCGAGGAGGUUUGCAGCUCGACGAGUUGAUCGCACGGGCAAACAAAGAAGGCGUCGUUGAGGAGAUCGAUGGAUCAGCUGUUGAAGUGAGCGUCGAGAUCGAACGCACACCUACUUACACAGACAAUGUCGGUGCCGUGCUUGAAGGCAGGGGCGAACUCGCGGACGAGUACAUCGUCAUCGGGGCUCACUACGACCAUGUCGGAUACGGACACUUCGGAUCACGCGGCGGACACACCGGGAUCAUCCAUCCAGGCGCCGAUGACAACGCGUCGGGAACCUCAGGGGUCAUCCUCGCGGCGAAGCGUUUGAGCGAACGCUACGCGCAGCUUGCUCCGGAUCAAGACGCACGCUCGGUGCUGUUCUUGCUCUUUACCGCAGAGGAAUCGGGACUCAACGGCUCGCGUUUUUAUGUCAACAAUCCGAUCGCUGGGAUUGAUCAGCACACGAUUAUGCUCAAUAUGGACAUGAUCGGAAGACUCGAAUCCGAUCCACUGGAGAUCGGAGGGUUCGAGUCCAGCAAGGAACUCGAUGCGCUCGCGACUUAUCACCUCGACAACUCAGGAAUGGUGUACGACCGGAACACUUCUGUCGGGAAUGGUCGAUCUGAUCACGCGAACUUUGAGAACAAGGACAUCCCGAAUAUGUUCUUCUUCACUGGGUUGCAUGACGAUUACCACACUCCAGACGACACGCUCGACAAGAUCGACAUUGAAGGUGCGGCAAGGAUCGCGAUGACGGUUUCGGACAUCGCUUUUGGAGCCGCGAUGACGAGCGAGCCAUUCCUUCAUACGCGUGAUACUGGGACCAGGUCAGACGAGGAGCAGGGGAACUCGCAACCCAAGGUCAGGAUCGGGAUCAUCCCGGCGGACCACACCAAGGGCGGUUUGCUGAUUCAGCGUGUCUUCGACGAGACCUCCGCGAGCGAGGCGGGGCUCAUGCAAUAUGAUCGCGUCACGCACUGGAACGGCGAGCGGAUCAAGUCGGUUGAGUCGUGGUCACCUGUGCUUCUUGAGCAUGAGCCGGGCGAUGUGGUGAAGCUGACGGUGGAUCGAGGUGGGGAUGUGAUCGAGGUCGAGAUGACGCUCAAGGGCAUCGAGUAA